AUGGCCGAAGAUCGGAAGAUGGGAGAGAGGCGAGACCAGGACCAGCUCGCGGAAGCGCUGGCCGAUCUGUUCAACAACGUCUCCGCCAUGGUGCAUGGCGACCUCCAGGUCAUUCUCCCCCCCUCCUGCGCUCUCCGAAAUCUCUCGUCGCCUCUUAUCUGUUACCCUAUGAUUUAGCGCCGGUAUGACGACCUAAGGAUUCGCUCGAACCCUGUUUGAAGCCACUCGCGUGCGGAUUCCCUGACACCGUUACGCUCCCCGGAUCAAGCUUUCAUUCUGCAUCUCGCUUAUCUCGUUUACAUUAUCAUUAUUUUGCGUUUUAUUCGUCUCCUUGUUUAAUUCUUGGUCGAUCGGUUGUUUCUCGUAUUCGAUUGGGAAUACGCUCGUGUAUGAUCUACUGAAACUCGUCAUCCUUUGAUACGACCCAACACAGAACCGACGCAAGAGGCUAGAGAAGAUCUGGAUUGAGAGUUAGAGAAAACAGACUAGAAGGGAGAUAACAAGAGGGUUCGCUAGGUCGCCCCGGAAGGCUUUCGAGAGGCUUCCCGCUUUUCAAGUGACUGUCCGACUCUGCUCAAUGGUGCCCCCCUUCCCCCGCGGCCUGAGGCCUCCCCCUUCACACAGGACGCCCUCCUUGAGGAAGUAUUUUCCUCCUAAAAUAGGUGACUCCCUGGGUCGUAUCAUCCUUACCUGGUGGCAUAGCACAUAUUCGUUCGACCUUUUCAUGCCGCUUAUUCUAGUGAAAAUGAGAUCUGAAGUACCUUUCUUGCCGCUUAUUCGACCCUUUCAUGUGUUGCUUCUCAAGCUCAAUCUAGACUGGUUUGGUGGAUACGCAUCAGGCUCUGGUUUCACAUCACAUAUAUAUCCUAGAUUUCUCAAUCACAGAACAUUAGGCCUCAAAACAGGCUCCCACCAAAGCAGUCACCAAAGCUUUUCUGUUGAAGAAGAAGAAGAAGAAAUAUAAUCCUCCUCACAUGAUGGUAACAUAAAGCUGUAGCUCAGAGCUCUCCGAUUAGUUUUUUGCUCUUUUACUUUAGCCAUUUAGGACCUGUCAGAGCUUUUGAUUGGCAGGGCUUAUGUGUCAGCCACUGAUUUGUCGGGCAUUCUUGAUAGCCUUUGACUCUGGGUUACUUUUUGACCGGUUUUUACAACGGAUGCUAAUGCAAGGACUGACAAGUUUCUCAUGCAAUUCUUUUUAUUUCUUCUGUGUCUUGUGAUAUCAUAUGGUUGGCACCCGUUACAUUUCUACUAACCUCAAAUUCCAACUUAGAGCUGAGUUGACCUGAUUCUGAAUUCAACCAUGAUCAAUGGCCAAGUUGUUCUCAAAUGUUGCGGUUUUUUAAUAUACAAAGUCAAAGUUAACAUUUCCAUCAUUUUUCUCAUUUGAUCCUGUCAUUAUUCUCCCUGGCUAUAUACAUGGUAAUGAGCAGAAGGCUUAAUUACCGUCUGGUAAUCAAAUAAUUUGAGGAAAACUCUUUGUCUUAUUAUACAUAGUCGUGAUGAGCAUAAAUACUUCAUAUCCCAGGAACAUGGAUCAGCAUAGGGUACGGAUGAUGAAUAUCUUUUUCUACAUGUCGCACAUAACCUGCAUCAGAAUUCUCAAUAUUUUCUUCUUCCUAUCAGUCUCAGUCUCCUAUCUUUGUAUCAAGACAGACUUUUGGCAGAAUCUCACCUUUUCUUUGACUUUACUGAGCAUGAUCUUCUGAUUAGGGUAUGAGCAACUCACUGGAGCUUCUGGAGAAGAUGAACCUCCGAGUGGCUGAGGAGUACCAGGGUUUUGGCAACAUUGCCGCCGGAUUAAGAUUGUUCGUCGAGCAACUCAACAGGAAGAACAUCAGCUUUGAGGCCCACGUCCAGCAGAUCGAGUUGAUAGACAAACAGGUGACGGAGUUUGAAGCUGCUGUUUCGAUGCUAGCUAGGUAUGUGUCUUUAUUGGAAUCCAAAGUCAGGUCUUCAUACCACAACUCGCCUGUAUGA